AUGUCUGCUGCUACAAGUCUUUCACAGUUGAGUGAUAUCGUCACAAACCUGGAAACCUGGGUGGCGACGCUGGACGACCCUCGGUACACAAGUGGUGAGCUCAGCAACUUGAACAUUCUGAGCGCGAGACUUACCAACGCCACGUCAUCUAUCCAAAAACGGACGGGAUCAUACAAGCCUUCAUGCCGUGCAGAGGUAUGGGAAUCGAGCGAAACAUGGAGAAAGCAGUCUAAGUCCGCUGUACAAGCAUUGAUUCACGACCGAGCAUUCAGGCAAUCCGCUCUGUUCAGAAGAAACAUUACUAUCAUAUUUGGCGGCCCAAAAUACUCGGAGUUUGACUCGAAUCAAAUGAAGGCGAGGAAAGAAGCCACGAACGUCAGAUGCGAACGGCUGCGGAGACUCGAGCCUGACAAAAUAAUUGUUUGGGCUUUAUCUUAUAGAGCUACAUCUUGGGCGGUCGGCUCUAUGGGAUCCGAGAUGUUUGACUGUCUCGUCGAGGCAAUUGAGUUCACGGGUACAUCCUGGCCUCCAGUUGUUCUAGAGGUUCUGCACAAACUCCACAAUAAUGAUCUCCGAGAAUCAACUGAAUUUAGUGAUUUCCUCCGUGGUGAGUGA